CUUGUUCGUGGGAAAAAAAGCGCAGCAGAAAAAAACACGGCGUAGAAGAAGACGUGGAGGCCGGAAGACGGUGCCCAAGGAAGAAAUUCAAAAUGUCUGCUCCGAAAAGCAUCCCCAAAGAUGCUCAGGUGAUGAUCCAGAUCCUGAAGGACAUGGGCGUCACCGAUUACGAGCCCCGCGUCAUUAACCAGAUGUUGGAGUUCACUUACAGAUAUGUGACGAGCAUCAUCGAGGAUGCCAAGAUCUACGCCACGCACGCCAAGAAGUCUAACGUGGAUGCCGAUGACAUCAAACUGGCCAUUCAGUGCAGGAUGGACCAGUCAUUCACGUCGCCGCCGCCCAGAGAUUUCCUGUUGGAAGUGGCCAGACAGAAGAACCAGACGCCGCUGCCCCUCAUCAAGCCCUACACGGGUCCCCGCCUGCCCCCUGACCGCUACUGCCUGACCGCCCCCAACUACCGCCUCAAGUUUCUCCCCAAGAAGGUGGCGUCGGCCGGCAGGAUAUCAGCACCCCGCCUCAGCGCCGUCUCCAGCAGACCGGCUACACCCACGCUCGGAAACACGUCGGUUCAAUCGGCGGGUGGCGGCAAGGCGGGAACCCCGGUGUCGCUGGCGGGUCAGAGGUUCGCCGUGCAGAUCCCGCCUCCCUUGCAGAGCGGCAGUACUAAAAGCGCGCCGCUCAGCACGCCCGCCGCGUCCAGCGUGCUCAUCAACUCUUCUCUGAUUGGCUCCAAGAACAUCCUCAUCACCACCAACAUGGCGGCUCAGAGCGCCGGCGGUGGCGAGUCGCUCAAGAGGAAACACCAGGAUGACGACGACUACGACGCCAUGUGACAAUACGCAACAGGGCACACAAACGUCCCCUCUCGCGCUCACACACACGAUCGCACUCGGCAUUCUUUGCUGCUGCCGCACCAAGACAAACUUUCAAGCUCUGCCGCAUUGACGACACAAUGACUUUUUGUUUUGUUUUUCACCUUUAAUCCUAAAAACAAUUUCAAAUAAAAUAAACCAUGUGAAUGAUUAUAACCAAGCAUUUAAGUCACUUCCUGUUUGUGGCAAAAAGUUAGCGCACACGUUUUGACACAUCACGCGCGUCGCAAAAAAGUUAGCGCACAUGCACGACUAAAAACGACCACGACGACCAAUCACGGCACUGCAAAGAACAUGCUCCGCCUCUUUCCAUUUUGGGGCGUGGCCAA